AUGUCCUCAUCGAGUCCGUCAAGAUUUAUGUCGCCGCCGAUAUCUAUGAAAAAGCGCAGUUGCGAAUAUCAGAAGUUGCUUGCUGAUCCUCACAUUGAUGCCUCAUUGCGUGAAGAUUCUGUUGCGCAACCGUCUUCUUCAAUACAAUGUUCAAACUUGAUAAAAUCGAAUCAAUAUCUUAAUGCGACAGAUCUAUCUAUGAAUGGCGAUGCUAAAUUCAACAGUAAUACUGAUUCAUUGGAAAUUUCAUUUAAGGACGGUUCCACAUUUAAAGAGAUUGGUUUUAAUGCUGAAAUUAAUGAGAAUGGCAGAGAAAGCAUCGUGACAGCUCUCAAACCUUCAGAUUUUUUACAAACGUGUUUUGUGUCAUUCUAUGAAUCUGUUUCUGAAAAUAAUUAUGAUGCUGAAAACAUUGCUUCUGCCGUGACAUCUCAUAAUCGCUUUUCAUUUGUAUCUGAUCAAAAGGAUAAGGUGAAUUCUGUACCUACUCCUCUAGAAAACCUAAAAAGCAGUGAAAUCGUUCCAUCAUCAGAUAUAGUCGAGGAAGCUCAAGAAAAUAAAGGAACUCCCCAUAUAUUUGAGCAGAUGUUUGAAGCUCCAAAGCACCGUCAAACAUUGACAUUGUCGACAAGGAAAAGCAUGGUACCAUUCCAAGAAAAAGAAUUGCCAUCAUCACCAUCUGAAUUGGCUUAUUAUGCACGUAGUUGUGCUGACGAAUUUUCUUUCCUUAUAAAUGAAGAAUACUGCAAUACAUCACGUCUCUGCGAAAACUGCUAUUCAAUGCGUAGGGAAUUGGAAAGAUUGGCUAAUAAGUUGGAAUCCAUGGCUGAGAACAUAGAGGAGAAAUUAGAUCCUUUUGAAACAAAGAAUUUUCCGGGAUUUGAAGAUAUGAAGCAUCAACUGAAUAUUGCCCACGAGCAGCUAAUUGAGACAAAAAAAAUUUCCGAUGUUCUAAAAUUGGAGAACCAGAUUCUUUCUACAAAUUUGGAAAACGAGCAAAAUUUAAGGAAACUAAAAGAAAAGGAAUCGGAUGAUUUCAAAUUUUUGUUUGAAGAAGCGGUAACUAAAAGGAGCAACGAUGGCCGAACUUUAAGAAGCGAGAUUAUCGAACAGUCGAAAAAAAUCGAAGAGCUGGAAUUCAAAAAUAAGCAUCUGACGAAUGUCCUUAAUAAACUGGAAGAAAUGUCCUCUGAUGAAUCCAAAGAGUUAAAGAGAGAAAGAGAUGGGAUAUUGGAAGCAGGUCUUGAAAAAUAUACGAAUGUUAAAAAGUUCGCAAAUACAAGCGUUGAUAAUGGAAAAGUGGAAGCAGAGCUUCUGAAUACAAAGAGAGAAAGUAGUGACCCAGGAGUGAGAUUAAAUAAAGUGGAAAAUGAAAAUUUACAGAAAAUCGAACUGCUGAAUAUCAUAGUCAAAAGCGAUUUACUUGUUUCUAUGCAAAAUAAGAUUGACGAAAUCCUAGCUUUAAGCCGAGAUCAAAAGCAGUUGGGGAUUGGUAUGGACAACAUGAUGAAAUUAUUGUUAAAUAUAAAAAAUUUAGUUGAUGAAUCUAUGAUUAUGAACAACCAGAAAAUAGAAGCAAUGUUCACUGAAAAUAGGAAUUUUGGCACAGUUCUGGAUAAUUUGAAUUGUAAUCUGAACCAGUGGUGCAGUGAGAUGCAGUUUCAAAAUUCACUCAUUACAGCCAUCAAAAAUGGUUUAAAUGCCAACGAGGAAACGAAAAAAGCGAGUACCGCCACAAUUUUAAAAAUCAAUAAGCGUUGUGGAAAAAUUUUGCAGCUGUGUAAAAAGAUUUCGAAUGAUCGUAAAUGUCUGGAUGUGGUCGAAUGUUUGAAAGAGAUGAUAGAAAAAAAUUUAUUAGUCGAUGAGAACUUUUCGGAGAAAAAACGACUGGUGGUGCGGGAAGCUGUCGAAGAGACUUUUAAAAAUUGUGAACAAAUUUUUGAAUCAAACAGAAUAGAAGAAAAUAGAAGAACUAAUGCGAUGUGUUCAGAGAUUCUUGAUUUAAUGAAAGCAAUAGAAAAUCAGAAGAAUCUAUUUUUAUGUACUUCACAGUGCACCGAAGAAAAAUUUUUUUCGAAGAUGGAACAGGAAAGAACUAAGUGGGAAAACAUGAUGGGAGUUUUCAAUGAAAAUGUAGCAUCUAUCGUCACCAGUUUACAGGAAGGCGCAAUUAAUAUUGAGAAAAUAAUCACUGACUCAUUUUUCAAUGAAGAAAUGGAGAAAAUGAAAUCGAUUAACAUAGAACUUGUAAAAGCGCUAAAGGUGAUGGAAACAAAAUAUAGCAUACUUGAAGUGGAAUUUGGUGAUAUAAGGAAAAUUUGGCAAGAAGAUUCAGCUAUCAGUAAAAAUGAAUUUGAUAAAAUUAGACAGGGAUAUGACGUGCUGGUGAAAACCGUUCACACGCUUGAAGAAAAGUUGAGUAAAUCAAAAGGAAGAACAAACGAAUUGAAACAGUUUUAUGAAAAAAAAAGAAUGGUGAAGGAAAAUUAUGACAUAAACGAUGAUGAUAAAGAAAAUUUGGAUGUUGCGAAACAGAGGAUAAAAGAAUUACUGAAAGAAAAUAAUAGACUUGGAGAUGCUUGCGAUGAAGCAGAUGAAGAAAUAGAAAAAUUAAAGAAUGAGCUGGAAACCUUAAGAACCAAAUUGGCUCGUAUUGAAGACGAAAAGGGUCACAGCCGUUCGGAUAAUAUAGAAAUCGUUGAUCAAAGCACUGACUCAACAUUUUUUAGGGAGGAAAUGAAAAAAAUGAACACACUUAACACAGAACUUGUAAAAAUACUAAAGGCGAUGGAAACAAAAUACAAAAUGCUUGAGAUGGAAUUUAAUGCUGUAAAGAAAAAAUGGCAAGAAGACUCCGACAUCAGUAAAAAUGAACUUAAUAAAAUUAGACAGGAACGUGAAGUGUUGAUGAAAACCAUUUACGCGCUUGAAGAAAAAUUAAGCAAAUCAGAUAAAAGAAUAAACGAGUUGAAACAGCUGAAAUGUGAAGAAAAAGGAAUAAUGAAGGAAAACGUAGAUGCCUACGAAACAGAUGAUGAUGAAGAAAAUUUGGUUGUGGCGAAACAGAAAAUAAAAAUAUUGCUGAAAGAAAAUAAUAGACUUGGAGAUGCUUGCGAUGAAGCAGAUGAAGAAAUAGAAAAAUUAAAGAAUGAGCUGGAAAUCUUAAGAACUAAAUUGGCACGUAUUGAAGACGAAAAGAAUCCGAAUAAUCUAGGAAUUGCUGAUCAAAUGGAUUCUUUCAAUUCUGCAAGACAGUAUUUAAAGCCAAAAGCAAAAGCGCCAAACCCACCGGAUUCACUAACUCCGCUGAAACCAGGCCAAAGUAACGUUAGGGAUCCCAACUAUACUAUGCAAGAUGAAACAUUAAUGAAUCUGCUGGAUGAAAUCUCAACAGCUGAGAUAAAAGCUCCUGAAACUGGAAAAGAACAUGUCAAUGAAAAUGAAUGCAAGAUCUCCUAA